UUGACGUGUUGGGUUUUGAGCAGCUCAUUGGUAAGACUGAGGUCAGGAAGAGGGGUUAAAUAAGGCUACUGCUGCGCACAGUGUUGUCAGAUUCACAGAAAUGGCUUUCCUGUGGUUGGUAUCUUGCCUUGCCUUGGUCAGUGCAGCGUACGGCUGCGGCGUCCCUGACAUCCCCCCCGUGGUGACAGGCUAUGCUCGUAUUGUUAACGGUGAGGAGGCAGUGCCCCACUCAUGGCCGUGGCAGGUCUCUCUACAGGACAUAUUUGGCUGGCACUUCUGCGGUGGCUCCCUGAUCAAUGAAAACUGGGUCGUGACUGCAGCUCACUGCGAUGUCAGAACUAGCCAUCGUGUGAUCCUCGGAGAGCAUAAUAAAGCCAAGAGUGGAGAGAACAUCCAGACUCUGAAAGUGAGCAAGGUGUUCACCCAUCCCGAAUGGAACUCCAAAACCAUCAACAAUGACAUUGCCCUGAUUAAGCUGGCUUCCCCUGCCUCCAUUGAGUCCAAUGUUUCCCCCGUUUGUUUGGCUGAAACCAAUGAUGUGUUUGCUGCCGGCCUGAAAUGUGUGACCACUGGCUGGGGCGUGACACGUUAUACUGCUCUGUUCACACCUGAUAAGUUGCAGCAGGUCGCACUGCCUUUGCUGUCUAAUGAGGAUUGCAAGAACUACUGGGGAAGCAACAUCACCGAUAUCAUGAUCUGUGCUGGCGCUGCUGGUGCUUCUUCUUGCAUGGGUGACUCUGGUGGUCCACUGGUGUGCCAGAAGGGUAACGUGUGGACACUGGUGGGCAUUGUGUCCUGGGGCAGCAGUACUUGUUCCACCACCGUCCCUGCUGUGUACGCCCGUGUCACUGAGCUUCGCGCCUGGGUGGAUGGGAUAGUGGCAGCCAACUAAAGCCCCUACAUUUCCUCACUACCUAUGUAGCUUCAAUACUGUCUCCCCUUGAACUGUACCAAUCUUCAAAUCCAAUAAAAGCACCCUUACUUUCAUUGCCUUACAA